AUGUCUGCACGUCGCCCUCCCCCCGCCUACACGGCACCCCCCAAUUCAGGGAUCCAUGCCACUUCGCAGCUUUACCGAUCAAUUUCCGCGACUUCUUCCAGCCCCUCUGCACGUGUCCCCAAAGAAUCCUUUACCAUUCGACCAUGCUCCGGGCAGGCGUGGGUUGUCCCCGCAGGCCACAUCUGCCGACUCACCACGCCGAAGGGACCCCAGGUCGGGGACCUGAACAUCUGGAACGCCAACAAUCCCCGGGAGCGAAUGUGGGCUGCGCGCACACGGCAGAUCCACGCCUCUCACGUCUCCGUGGGCGACCGGCUGUGGUCCAAUCUGCCGUAUCUGCGGCCUCUCGUCACCAUCACGGGCGACUCACUUGGCGGCGGCCAGCUGCAUGAAGUACUUGGGCCGGAUGGCAAGCGCAACCCAGAGGUUGUGUUUGGGACCACUCAGUUCGGGGGCCGGGUGCACGACUUGAUGGGCACCCGUUGCGAUCCUUACGUGAACCUUCUCAUGGGCGGCGAGACCUUCGACUUCCACUGCCAUUCGAACCUUACGCGGGCCGUGGUCCCCCAUGGCCUAACGGAGCUGGAUGUGCACGAUGUGUUGAACGUGUUCCAGGUGACCGGGCUGGAUGAGGAGGGCAAGUAUUUCAUGGAGACCUCGCCUGCCAAGGCGGGCGAGUACUUUGAAUUCUUCGCCGAGGUGGAUGUUCUGUGCGCAUUGUCUGCAUGCCCUGGUGGUGAUCUUUCCAACUGGGGAUGGGAUGAUAAGGAGGGUGGCAUGGGAGCUACCACACGGCCCCUUGGUGUGGAGGUGUACCAAUUGGCGGAUGACAAUGUUCUUGAAGGGUGGAAGGAGCCCCAAAGCCCACCAUAUGAGGGCAUGCACGGGCUGCAAAUGCCAGCUCGUGAGCAGGACGGGGCUGGGUAUGUUGGCUUGUAG